AUGCCGGCGGCCGCACCGGAGGCGGCGAGCAGGGAGCCGCGGGGGAGAGCGGGGAGGGGCGCGCCGGGCGCCCCGCCCCGGGAGAAGCGCGCCCAGGGGGCACGGGCCAGGGAGCCCCCCGCGCCCGGCUGGGCUCUGUCCCUGAAGGGGCUGGAGGCCAUGAGCCCCCAGCAGCGCCACCGCCACCUGCUCUUCGGGGACCUGCUUGACGACGUGGGUGCGGCCGCCUCCAUCUUCCCGCGCGAGUCCGCGGAGCUGGGGUACGGGAUGCCCGACCCGCGGGCGUGGACGCAGUCGCUGGAGUCGGCGGCAGCGCGCCAGGACCGGCUGCUCGGCGUCCUCAAGGCGGCCGAGGCCCGCGGCCGGGUGCGCGCCUUGCGGUUGCGCUACACCUUCAUGCGGGCGGAGGAGAUCACGCUGCUCAUCCAGCGACAGAAGUCGGCGAGCGCCGCCAUCCGGCUGGAGCUGUUCCUGCCACCGCAGCUGAAGCCCACGCGCAUCCCGGACCCUCUGGACCGCCAAGAGCGGAGGCGCGUGGAGACCAUCCUGGAGGAGAAGGUGGACAGCAGGAACUUCCUGCACUGACGGCCUGGCGCAGGGGCCGCACCCCCACCUCCCGCAUAAAGUCCU